AUAGUUACAUGGUGGUGGACAUUCAUAAUGGGCCAUGAUAAAGGCAUUGGGUUGACCGGUUUGGCAAAUAGGGCCCAAUUACCGGUAUUGGUAAUUUAACAUAUAACAGCCCGAAAUGAAUUUCGGGGGCUUAUAAAUUAAAGUUGGGGAAUGUAUAUUCAUUAUGAGGGUCAUAAUGAUUGAAAACACAUAAUAUAUUUUAUUUGACCAGAUAAAAUAAAAUAUAGUUAAACUAGUCCGAGAAAUACAACUUUCGGGGCCGAAUGUACACGUCGGGACAACAUGGGAUGACCUCCCACAUGAGUGGGGGCCACCCCACGUUUUUAUGGGCUAUUGAGACAAGGGAGGGCUGCUCAAUGUCAUAGGGAGGUGGCUGGAUGAUUUAAUUGGCAUCAAACAAGUGUGGACCUCACUCCCACACUUAUUUGCUAAGUAAGACAAGGAGGAAGGUCUCCUCACUCCCACCCCUAUCACUCAGCUCGACCCAGCCCCCAAAGAGAGAGAGGAAGAGCUCUGAAAAUCCUCCAUCUCCAUAGCCAAGAAAGCUCAAACAAGCAAGGAGCUCAAGGGAGAAGAUUAUAGGAGGAGAGAGCUAGGAAGAAGUGUGAAAAUUAAGGCACUUGUAAAGGGUGAUUUAAGAACUUUCACGAAGUUGAAAGAGUCGCCGGAGUUCAUCAAAGUUCGCCGGAGUUCCAUCGGAGUUCAACCGGGAAGGGUAGAACUUCACAACGCUCAUUCGAGGUUGAAGCUAAGGCUAGCUAUCCACACUUUGCUCGGUGAAGUAUUCCAAAGGAAGACGUGAAAUGGAGGGUAGACGCAUGCAGACUAGAAACAAUCCGGGAGGGCAAGCACCGAUAGCUUCUGUUGAAGCUAGCCGGGCUGCAUCUCGAAGCUCCAGAGGUGGAAGAGGAGGCCGUGGAGGCCGUGGAGGUCGUGGGGGCCACCGAGCCAAACAGUGAGUGACGGCCAUGUGAGUUCGGUGUACGAGACUAACACCGAGGACUACGACUCUACUUAUGUUCCCGAAACGGAGCAUGAGGAGACCCCAUAUGAUGGGGGCGAUUUCCACACCGAUGAUGAGAAUGAUGAUGAGAGUGAUGCCCGGUUUGCCCAAAUGGGGGAACUUCUAGAGUGGUAUCAAAAGGAGAAACAGAGGAGAGACAUGAGACGCCAAGCGAGGCGUGCUUCUCAAGGUGUUUCGGCUCAAGGAAGCCGUGGAGCUUCAAGGGCCACGCCUGUGGCGCCACAAGGUGGGCGUGAGGGAGGUUCUAUAGUGAGAAUCUCCAAAUACCUCAAGGAGGCUAGGGCCUUGGGGUGUAGGUCCUUUGACGGCACAGGCGACAUUACUAUUGCCGCCGAUUGGAUCAAGAAGGUGAAGGAUGCAUCGAGAGACAUGCAAAUUACUCCGGACGUGAAGUUAACUGUCGCUUCACGGUUGCUUGAGGGGAUGGCUUCCACAUGGUGGGAAGGUGUGGAAGGGAAAUACCGUGGGGACAUCUCAUGGGAAAAUUUUGAAAGGGAGUUUUACGCCUAAUACUACUCCGAUUUCGAGGUUAAUGUGAAAAGGAGGGAGUAUACCAACCUCAAGCAGAAAGAGGGUUGUAGUGUUAAGCAGCUGGAGCAGGAGUUUAGAACCUUGGCUAGGUUCUUACCGGAGUAUGCGAUCGAUGAGGACCGCAUGACUGAGCACUUUUGGGAUGCCUUACUUUUAGACAUUCGAGACCGUGCUACAUACUCACGCCUCAUGACUUUCAGUGAGGUGGUAGAACAGGGCAUGCUGGGAGAGGCCCAGUGGAAUGAGAGGAAAGCAAGGGAUGCCGAAGAGGCAAAGAAGAGAAAGUGGAAUAGUUCGGGGCCGCCCGAUCAUUCCCGAAGGAACAACCACGGUGGUGGUGGCGGUGGUUCAUUCAAGGCACCGGCUCCACCGGCAAAGAAGAAUAGAGACGCGAGGUGGCACGGACCUAGGCCACAAAACCCGGGGGCACCGAGAUGUCCCAAUUGCUCAAAACAGCACUUUGGGAAGUGCAAUGAACCACCGAGAUGUUUUAAAUGCGGGAAUGCGGGCCAUAUGAAGGCCAAUUGCCCUCAAUUGAUGCAAGAGAGUGCAUCAGGAGCCGGGGGAGGGGCCAUGGCGGGAAGGAACCGUGCGGGACCGUCGCACGGGAAGAGGCGGCGCGUCAACAAGCAAUGCCGCGUCCGUUAACCAAGGCGGGGCCCAAGCGAGGGUCUACGCGAUGACCGAGGCCGAUGCCCGGGCUAACCCCGACUCCGUUGCAGGUAAUUCCUUGUUCAUACUUGUAAUGUUCAUAUACAUGUGUGUUUUAAGCUUUAGGGAGCAAUUACGAGUUAACCGACGGCAUUUCCGGCUCGUUUUCGGGCGAAAAACGAAGUUGGACUGCCCAGGGAUGAACCGGCGCCGGUCUGGGCUUGACCCGGCGCCGGUCUGGUGUAAAAUGAUGAACCGCGGGCUGACAGUAGCUUACCCGGCGCCGGCCAGGGGGGCAACCCGGCGCCGGCCCGGAAAAAUUUCCCGGAGGGUGCUAUCCAGUAGCUUACCCGGCGCCGGCCAGGGGGGAACCCGGCGCCGGUCCGGGGAAAAUUUUCUGAUAUUUCGCUCCAGGGGUGAACCGGCGCCGGUCUGGGCCAUACCCGGCGCCGGCCCAGUUCACUUUUGCCACUUUUCGAUUCCAGUAGCUUACCCGGCGCCGGCCAGGCCUAUACCCGGCGCCGGUCCAGUGUAUUUUCGUCCGAAAAAUUUUCGUUUAGCCCUAUUUUCGACCCGGUACGUGUGUAGUGUGUCUUACAUGACUUAUAUAUGUAGGAACCUUAAAGAUCAAUGGUAGAAACGCAAGAAUUCUCAUUGAUACCGGGGCACAACGUUCAUUCGUGAGUGAAGCGUUUGCCGAAAGUUUAGGCGUACCGUUGAUAGCAAUGACCCAACCCUUGUUGGUCUCUACACCGUUGGGAGACGAUGUGGAGAGGAAACACUAUUAUCCAUCGUGUGAGGUAGAAGUAACGGGUCAACCCUUGACUUGUGACUUUGUACCUCUAAGUAUGUUGGAAUUCGAUGAAAUUCUAGGGAUGGAUUGGCUCGAGAAGUAUCAUGCUCGGGUAGAUUGCUACGCCAAGGUGUUAGAACUCGAAGAUGCUGAUGGCAACGCUCUACGUUUCGAGGGAGAUCGGGGAGGAUCUCAUAGUUGUAUCAUAUCCGUGAUGAGGGCACGGAAGAUGAUGAAGAAGGGAUGCCACGCAUACCUUGCUUACGUGGUUGACGAAACAAAGAAGGAGGCUGACAUCAACGAUGUACGCGUCGUGUGCAAGUAUCCGGACGUCUUUCCCAAAGACUUACCGGGACUUCCACCCGAUAGAGAGAUCGAGUUUGUGAUCGAAGUAGAGCCGGGAACAAAACCCAUUUCGAUUCCUCCUUAUCGAAUGGCACCGGCAGAGCUUCAAGAAUUGAAGGUCCAAUUGCAAGAGCUAUUGGACAACGGCUUCAUUAGACCUAGUCAUUCACCGUGGGGAGCACCGGUACUCUUCGUGAAGAAGAAGGAUGGUACAUUGAGAAUGUGCAUAGACUACCGACAGUUGAACAAGGUCACAAUCAAGAAUAGGUAUCCUUUACCGAGGAUUGAUGACUUGUUCGAUCAACUUCGGGGGGCUAUGGUGUUCUCAAAGAUUGAUUUGAGGUCGGGUUAUCAUCAGUUGAAGAUCAAGGAGAGUGACAUACCCAAGAGUGCAUUCCGCACUAGAUAUGGUCACUAUGAGUUUCUUGUGAUGUCAUUUGGGUUAACCAAUGCACCGGCAACAUUCAUGGACUUGAUGAACCGAGUGUUUAGUGAAUACUUAGAUCAAUUUGUGAUAGUAUUCAUUGAUGACAUCUUGAUAUACUCCCAGAACGAGGAGGAGCAUGAAUACCACUUGAGACUUGUACUUGAACGACUUAGAGAAAAACAACUCUUUGCCAAGUUCUCCAAAUGUGAAUUUUGGCUUAAAGAGAUUGGCUUUCUCGGGCAUGUCAUAUCCGGUUCGGGCGUUGCUGUGGAUAACGCCAAGAUAAAAGCCAUCAUUGAUUGGGAGAGACCCAAAAAUGUGAAAGAAAUACGUAGUUUCCUUGGCCUAGCGGGAUACUAUCGUAAGUUCGUAGAGAAAUUUUCCGUGUUGGCAUCUCCAUUGACGAAGCUCACAAAGAAGGGGGCUAAGUUUAUAUGGGAUGACAAAUGUGAGAAAGGGUUUCUUGAACUGAAGAAACGACUCACCGAGGCACCAGUUCUUACUCUACCCAAGCAGGGGAUAGGGUACGAUAUCUAUAGCGAUGCUAGCAUCCAAGGACUUGGGUGUGUGUUGAUGCAAAGGGGUAAGGUGAUUGCCUACGCUUCAAGGCAAUUGAGGAAACAUGAAGUGAACUACCCUACUCACGAUCUAGAGUUGGGGGCGGUGGUGUUUGCACUGAAAAUUUGGAGGCAUUAUCUCUACGGGGAGACAUGUCACAUUUAUACCGAUCACAAGAGCUUAAAAUAUGUAUUCACUCAGAAAGAGUUGAAUAUGAGACAGAGGAGAUGGAUGGAGUUGAUCAAGGACUACGACUUGAUCAUCGAGUACCAUCCCGGAAAGGCCAAUGUAGUGGCCGAUGCACUGAGCAGGAAGAGUACGUCAGGGACGUUACUCACAUGUCUACAGGCAUUGAGGGCACGCGUAGAGGUGUCCGCGUGUGGGACCCUCAUUGCUAGAUUCGAGGUUAGGCCUACGUUGCUGAGUGAGAUCAGUAGAUGUCAGGCCGUUGAUGAGGAAUGUCAAAGGAUCCGUGAACGGAUCCUUGAGGGACCCGUUGAGAACUUUCGUAUACGUGAUGAUGGUCUGUUGUUAUUUAAGGAUCGUGUUUGCAUACCAAAGGAUGAAGAGCUCCAAAGGUCCAUACUAGAGGAGGCUCAUUUUUCGGCCUAUGCCAUGCAUCCAGGGGGUACUAAGAUGUACCGGGACUUGAAAGAAAGUUAUUGGUGGUCAGGUAUGAAGAGGGACAUCGCAGAAUACGUGAGUCGAUGCCUUACUUGCCAACAAGUUAAGGCGGAGCAUCAGCACCCAGCGGGGCUUUUGCAACCACUUACCAUUCCAGAAUGGAAGUGGGAGCAUGUGACCAUGGACUUCGUGGUAGGGCUACCCCGGACAGUGAACAACUACGACGCCGUUUGGGUAGUGGUUGAUAGGCUCACCAAGAGCGCACACUUCUUACCUAUCAACAUUACUUACCCUCUUGAAAGGUUGGCCAAGUUAUAUGUGGAAGAGGUUGUGAGAUUGCAUGGAGUCCCGAUAUCCAUUGUCUCGGAUAGGGAUCCACGAUUCACAUCCAAGUUUUGGCCAAAGUUUCAAGCAUCAUUGGGUACUAAACUGAAGUUUAGCACAGCCUUUCACCCACAGACAGAUGGACAAUCUGAGCGGGUGAUACAGAUUUUGGAAGACAUGCUUAGGGCAUGUGCCUUGGAGUUCCAAGGGAGUUGGGACAAACACCUGGCUUUAGUGGAGUUUGCCUAUAACAACAGUUAUCAGGCAAGUAUUGGCAUGCCUCCGUACGAGGCACUGUACGGGAGGAAGUGUAGGACACCAUUGUGUUGGGACGAGGUUGGUGAGGCCAAGCUCGAGGGAAUAGAACUUGUUGAGAUCACCAAGGCUAAGGUGAAAAUCAUUCGUGACAGACUUAAGGCUGCCCAAGAUCGGCAGAAGAGCUAUGCAGACAAACGGCGAAGGCCGUUAGAGUUUGAGGUCGGGGAUGAAGUUUUUCUAAGAAUUUCUCCUUGGAAAGGUAUCAUCCGAUUCGUAUCAAGGGGUAAGCUUAACCCCCGAUACAUUGGUCCGUUUGAAAUCCUGGAGAGGAUUGGGGCCGUAGCUUAUCGUCUCAAGUUAACACCGGAACUUGAGCAGAUUCAUGAUGUGUUUCAUGUAUCGAUGCUCAAGAAGUAUGUGCGGGACCCGUCACAUAUUCUUGAGAAGCCACCGGUGGAGAUCCGAGAGGACUUGCAAUACGCAGUAGAACCGGUAAAGAUAGUGGGCCAACAGGUAAAGCAGCUUAGGAACAAGGAGAUUCCUAUGGUGAAGGUGCUUUGGAGGAGUGAUCGAGUCGAAGAAGAAACCUGGGAGACCGAGGUCUCAAUGAGGGAGCAAUACCCGUUUCUUUUCGAUUAGACACGUGGAUUUCGGGGACGAAAUCCCAAAUAAGGGGGGGUGAACUUGUAACACCGUCCCCAAAUAUAUUUACCGUUAUGUAAAUUAUGUAUUGAAUAUGGUGUAUUGAGUAAUGAAUUUACGAGGUUGUAAAUUUUUGUUAUUUCUUUUGCGUGAAUAGUAAAUUCCACGUGGGGCCCACACUCGAAGCGGGGGUAACCCGAUAACACGAGACCACAUGUUAUAUUCAUCUUGGUCUAGAUAAUAGUUACAUGGUGGUGGACAUUCAUAAUGGGCCAUGAUAAAGGCAUUGGGUUGACCGGUUUGGCAAAUAGGGCCCAAUUACCAGUAUUGGUAAUUUAACAUAUAACAGCCCGAAAUGAAUUUCGGGGGAUAUUAAAUUAAAGUUGGGGAAUGUAUAUUCAUUAUGAGGGUCAUAAUGAUUGAAAACACAUAAUAUAUUUUAUUUGACCAGAUAAAAUAAAAUAUAGUUAAACUAGUCCGAGAAAUACAACUUUCGGGGCCGAAUGUACACGUCGGGACAACAUGGGAUGACCUCCCACAUGAGUGGGGGCCACCCCACGUUUUUAUGGGCUAUUGAGACAAGGGAGGGCUGCUCAAUGUCAUAGGGAGGUGGCUGGAUGAUUUAAUUGGCAUCAAACAAGUGUGGACCUCACUCCCACACUUAUUUGCUAAGUAAGACAAGGAGGAAGGUCUCCUCACUCCCACCCCUAUCACUCAGCUCGACCCAGCCCCCAAAGAGAGAGAGGAAGAGCUCUGAAAAUCCUCCAUCUCCAUAGCCAAGAAAGCUCAAACAAGCAAGGAGCUCAAGGGAGAAGAUUAUAGGAGGAGAGAGCUAGGAAGAAGUGUGAAAAUUAAGGCACUUGUAAAGGGUGAUUUAAGAACUUUCACGAAGUUGAAAGAGUCGCCGGAGUUCAUCAAAGUUCGCCGGAGUUCCAUCGGAGUUCAACCGGGAAGGGUAGAACUUCACAACGCUCAUUCGAGGUUGAAGCUAAGGCUAGCUAUCCACACUUUGCUCGGUGAAGUAUUCCAAAGGAAGACGUGGUUCGUGCUUCCUUUACUGUUUUAAACUACAAACUUGCUCAUGGAUACUUUGUAAUAAAUACAUUUGUUUUGGGCCUGCGUGCCUACGUUUUGGCCAGGUGUGGCCCAUGAUUGAAUAUUGAAUAUUUCCGCUAUUCAUUCAAUCCCAAUAUGUGAUGUUGUUAUGUAUGUUUACUUACUGAGUAUGGUAUGGACUAUGUUCAUGGACGCCUUGUGUGACUAAGUCGCGUUGACUUGCGAGUGACGUCAUUUAGUCAUACGGCGGUUGUACACGCGCUCAGAUGCGG